AUGCUAUUCUCAACCAAGAACAUUGUGCAGGUCGCAGCCGCUUUGAUUUUCCAUUCUCUGAACGCGCGCGCUGUAUCUGUUUCUCGACGUGCUACGGUUUGUAAUGGUUACAGUGAGCUAUGCGACCGAUCACUGGGAAACGUUACUUUUGUGGGGACUCACGAUUCCUACGCCGUCGGAGUGGACAACCUUGCUACAAAUCAGGACUACGACAUAACUCAACAGCUUACGGAUGGAGUUAGGAUGUUGCAAUCGCAAGCCCACAAUAACAGUGGCACAAUUGAAUUGUGCCACACUUCCUGCGGUCUCGAAGAUGGCGGAAGCUUGCAGGAUUACCUGACAAAAGUAAAAACAUGGAUGGACAGUAACCCGGACGAAGUGGUUGUUUUGCUGAUUGUCAACAUUGAUGAUCUACCUGCCACUGAAUUCGCACCUGUAUUCGAAGCCGCUAACGUGACCUCCAUCUCUUACCAGCCGGGGAUUUCCAACAUGACUGCAUCUUCCUGGCCGACUCUCGGUUCUCUGAUCGACAAUGGGACGCGUCUUCUCACAUUCCUGGACAAUUCUGCGGAUAUCACUACUGUUCCAUAUCUUCUCGAUGAAUUUUCCAACAUUUGGGAGACUGCUUACGAUUUGACUGACCAAAAUGCUUUUGACUGUACCGUCAAUCGUUCGAACGGGGACACUUCAACGCAGAUGUUUCUGAUCAACCAUUUCCUGGAUCAACUCAUUCUCGGAGAACCUGUACCAGAUUCUGCACAGGCGAAUGAGACCAACGCCGUUUCCGGCACAGGCUCUCUGGGUGCUCAGGUUGCAACUUGCCAGUCUGUAAUGGGCAGGCCUCCCAAUUUCAUGCUCGUUGAUUUUUACGAGUAUGGAAAUGGAUCUGUAUUUGAGGUUGCUGCAGCUGCUAAUGGUGUCACCUAUACUGCCAAAGCUAUAGCCACCCCAAAGACAUCAUCCUCCUCUUCUUCUUCUUCUUCAAAUGAUGCACAAACUAUACUUGAUGGAUCGUUCUUGCAUGUCUUGCGUAUCGCUCCCCUGAUCAUCACCGGUGGUAUUGUCUUCGGUGCUUCGACCUUGCUCUGA